AAGGGCCAGUUCCUGUAAAGAGCAGGAAAACCUCAGCCCCCGGGGAGCUCCAGCGCAGACACAGCGAGUCGCCCGUCAGCUUGGGGUGCAGCGAGAAACCACAAGGCACCGUGCAGCAGAGACACCCAGGGAUGGGGCGCUGGGGCUGGGGGGUGCUGCUGGGCUUGGCCACCUUCGUGGCUGUAGCCUUGGGUUCCCAGCACAAGACGCUGAGCUAUGAAGAGGCCGUGUCCUUGGCUGUCGACUUCUACAACCAGGGGCCGGGCAUAGACCAUGCCUUCCGGCUCCUCCGCGCUGACCCCCAGCCUGCAUGGGACAUGACGUCCAAGCCCCGUCAGGAGCUGCGGUUCGUGGUCCGUGAGACUGUGUGCCCACGGGCCCAGGACCCCCCAGCCAGCGAGUGUGACUUCAAGGACAACGGGCUGGUCAGGAACUGCACGGGGCUGUUCUCCACGGAGCGGGAGUCUCCCACCGUCAUCAUCACCUGCGACACAGUGACCCCGGGGCAGCACGUCCGCGUCAGGAGGUCUGGAUGGUGGAAUGGCCAUAAGAGACGUCGUGGAUCUGGGACCAGGCGUGGCCGGUUCUCCCACAUCGCGCAUGGUGGAAGAAAAGGCCAUGAGAGGAUAAUUGAGCAAGGGCCAGUUCCUAUAAAGAGCAGGAAAACCUCAGCCCCUGGGGAGCUCCAGUGCAGACGCAGCGAGUCGCCCGUCAGCUUGGGGUGCAGCGAGAAACCACGAGGCACCGCGCAGCAGAGACGCCCAGGGAUGGGGCGCUGGGGCUGGAGGGUGCUGCUGGUCUUGGCCACGCUCGUGGCGGCUGCCUCGGCUUCUCAGCGCAAGAUGCUGACCUACGGAGAGGCCGCGUCGUUCGCUGUCGACUUCUACAACCAACAGCCGGGCAUAGACCAUACCUUCCAGCUCCUCUGUGUUGAACCACAGCCCGUGUGGGACCUGGCCUCCCAGCCUGUGCAGCCGCUGAAGUUUUCCAUCAAGGAGACGGAGUGCCUGGUGUCGGAGAAACGCGACAUCAGCCAGUGUCCGUUCAAGGACAAGGGGCUGGUCAAAGACUGCGCCGGGAUCUACUCUGCGGAGAAGAAGCCCCCCAUCGUCACGGCCAACUGCGAGGACGCGGGUCAGGGGCCUCAGCUCGUCAAAAGGGUGAACUGGAGGAAAGUAGGACGAAAUACAGCUCUGGGGGCCUCCUACGUCUUGAGCUUUCUGGGCUAGGCAGGAACAGCAGGUGGCAAGCGGCUGCCCCGCGAGACCCAGCCUCGCCGCCCGCUGUCCCGCGCUU